UACUGUGAGCCAUUGAAAUGUACUGGGUAAGUUGUGUGCUGAGACGGGGGUACGUGAAUGCAGCACAGUGGCCAGCAGAGUGACGGAGGACGCGGUGUGAGACUCUGCAGACGUAAACAAAGUGUCUGCAUGGCUUCAUGGACCUUUAACUCCACACCCCGGCCGCCCCCGUGUUCCCACACGGCGCAUGAUCAUGGCGACAGCGGAAACCUCGGCUCGAAGUGACGGACUCCACCGAUGAGAAGUGGAACGUGAGAGGAGGGUGCUGCUGAGAGUGUGGCCUGUGACCUGGUGUGAUAACUGCAUGCUGCAUGUCUGUGAUAACCUUCAUCCAUCACCCACCUGCACUUCCUCUCAACUCUGAUGCAUAGGCCUUUCUUUAGAAACGAAUGUGUCCUGCCUUUCCUUGCAUGUUGUGCUGUGAAUGAGGCAUCAUGAGGAAAGACAGGGAUAACCCUCUGCCACUGUCAUCCAAGAAAUACUGCGAGAGUCAGGCGGACUAUGGGCGAGAGCUUGAGAGGCUGCGUGCUGAAUUGGAGAAGGAGAAGAGCCAGACGCAGCGGGCCCGCGGACACCUCAGUGUGGAGCUAAGGCGACUGCGAGAAGAAGCAGAGAGGGAACAGAAGAGGGCUGUGAGGGAGCUGACGGCAAGGCGCAAGGACUUGCACUCUAACAGAAGCAGGGGUUUUGUGGCUAAAGAGGUGAACAGUAAAGAUACUGAUCAAUCCAGUAAGGAUGAGUCUUCAGGGAAAGAGGCUUUUCCUUUGAGCAGAGGAGAAACCUAUAGAAAGCUGGAGCUGUUGCUGCUGACACUGUAUGAGGAGAUAAAUGGUGAGCAGGCAGUUUACAAAUUGCAUCAGCGGCAGGACAUUGAGCUAGAAAAAGCCAUUUUUCUCUGCCACCUGCUAGAGACCCACGGACGAUUGUUGCAGCGGAGACAGAGAGCAGCACACCCCAGUAAAAGUCUCUCAAAAAAGCCUACUCAGGAAGACGGCGAUAAAUCCUGUCAGAGAUCUCAGAGUGCAGCCCACUCAUCGAAGCAGAGCAGCAAAGAAGAUCAGCAAAAGCAGCCUUCAGGCAGGGACUUGUGUGAAGCUGACCCCAGCAACACCGCUGCAGUCGUGGACACCUGUCGGAGUGGCUCUCGGAAAAUUUGUCACCCUCACAACACUCCCCAUGCCGGCUGGGACGACCAGCCCCCCUCCUGCACUGAGUCCUUGCCCUCCAAAUGCAUGGAGAGAAACAUGGAGAGAGUGAUGUAUGACCUGUUCACUCGGCCUGAGCAGCCCGAGCCUGUACCGGCUACAGAAAUGGAGGGCCGUGACGCCGAGGCUCCUGGACAGCAGCAGGAGUUUAGGAGGUCGGAGGAGCAGGUUAAGACGGAACAAGGGCUCUUGGACAAGGCAGUCCCAACCACGGCCACUAUCACUUCAACAUCACUCUUAGGAAAGAGGCAUCAUUCACUGUAUGCAAACCUCAAUGGCUUUGAAGUGGAAGGGAUACGUAAGAAUGGCACUGACUACGGGUUCCUGGUUCGUCAGAACUCCGAACUCCUCCGAGCCCUUGAUGAGCUGGAAAAGACUUGCACAACACUGAGGGAGGAAAAUUGCCUGCUGCGAAAGAGCAGUGCCCCAGAGACCGAGGAGAAGGUCAGGCGGCUGAGGAGGAAGAACACAGAGCUGGCUGUUCUCGCUAAGAGGCUCGAAGAGAGAGCUCGGAAACUGCAGGAGGCAAACCUCAAAGUGGUGAACUCCCCGUCACUGAUGAGACCCGGGUCAGUGGAACAGUACAAGAGGGCGUUUGCCCGUCAGCGAGCUCGUGACCUCGCCCAGCACGCUGAUGCACUACUGUCUAAGGACAAAGAGAUUGCUGCCCUGCAGCAGGAGUGCAGGGAGCUGGAGGCACGGCUCGGCACCACCAAGGACUCCACUGUUCCAUCUGGCAGAGUGGAAUUCGAGAGGCUUCUUAGGGAGUCUCAGAGGGAGGUGCUGCGGCUCCAGAGGCAAUUGUCCGUCACAUCGUCCACACAGCAGCACAACCACAGUCCCGACCCCAGUGGUCUGGAGAAGUGUGGAGAAUCAGAGGAGGAGAAGGGGGACGAGGAGGUUGGAGGAGAGACCCCGUGUGUGGCAUUAGAUGAAGCUCCAUCCAGGUGUGAGAAGACUCCCGGAGAGGAGGAGGAGUUGGGGCCGCGAGUGACGCCCACACCGGGCCUCUGCCCGACCCCCUCUGGUCAGGAGGAUCACACAGAGGAGCAGCGCUUACAGUUUCUGGAAAGUGAGCUGAGCAAGAAGAGAAAAGAAUGUGAAAACCUUGAGCAUGAAGUAAAGAAGCGACAGAAGAGAUGUCUGGAUUUGGAGAGCCAGCUUGAGGAUGAGCGAGGCAAAAAUGAGCAACUAAAGGAGGAGGCAGAUCUCCUCAGGAGGAAGGCACAGCUGCUCGACCAGACUCGGGCUGAGAAUGAGGAGCUGAGGGAAGAUCUCUCUGAAGUGACUGCUCAACACAAUUCAGUUCUCGAGGAGAACCAGAGACUCCGUGCCAAACUGGAGAACCUAGAGCAGGUCCUUAAGCAUAUGCGAGAGGUCGCCGAGCGAAGGCAGCAGCUGGAAUUGGAACAUGAGCAGGCACUGGCUAUCCUUAAGUUCAAACAGGAUGAAAUCAAACGGUUACAGAGGGCUCAGUUAUUUGCCAAGAGGGAGCAUGAGGGAGUGGUUCAGAUGCUGGAGUCAAAGGUGCGAGACCUGGAGGAUAAAUGCCGCAGCCAGAGCGAACAGUUCGGGUUGCUGUCCCAGGAACUGGAGACGUUUCGACUGCAGGCGUCGAAGGUGGAUCUGGCCGGCUCUACCCUCCUCAACAACCCAGCAAACCUCUCUCUUCUGACCAACGGGGUGGGCCUGACGACUGAGCGAGAUGUGGCGGCUGCACUGCGGAUGGGGGCCACCCCUCAUGCCGCAGGGCUGUCCCGGGUGGAGCGCUCACCUGUCACCAAGCACCGGGAGCUGCCCACCAUCAGCGUCAGCAAGUCAGGCUCUUCCCACAGCAAGUCAGACACCACUCAUCUCACCCCCAAGUCUGAUUCCCACCUCAGUCCGCACAAAUCAAGCCCAACACAUGAGGUGGAUACUGCCAGUGAAGUAGAGGAGUUAGACAUUGACGUGGCCCCAGCACCUUACUCAGUCAGCAGAGGAGCAGCAAAACUUCAGGUUUUCAUUGCAAGAUAUAGCUAUAAUCCUUAUGAUGGCCCCAACGACAACCCUGAAGUGGAGCUACCACUUACUGCUGGAGAGUACAUCUAUGUGUAUGGAGACAUGGAUGAUGAUGGCUUCUAUGAAGGUGAGCUGAUGGACGGACGGAGAGGGCUGGUCCCCUCUAACUUUGUGGAGCGUGUAUCGGACGACGAUGUCAUGAGCAGUCACCAUCCAGAGACAGGGGACAUGUCCCAUAACUCCCUACUCGACAGCAGCCUGCACAGUGCCAGCCACCAGCAUCACCUACACCUGGGCGCCAGCACCUCAGAAAGGACAGAGGCACCUGCUCCCUCUGGCCCUGCCUCAGCCCCCACAGAUUCAGCAUCAGCCUUGGCUGUCCCAGCCCCCCUCACCAACGGCCUGGACUUGGAUUUGGAGGAGGUGGGAGUGGACAUUGUGCCUUACCCACGUAAGCUCACCCUCAUCAAGCAGCUCGCCAAGAGCAUCAUCAUUGGCUGGGACCCUCCGCUGGUGCCAGCUGGGUGGGGCAAUGUGUGGAGCUAUAACGUGUAUGUGGACCAGGAGCUGCGGAUCAAUGUGCCCUUCGGUUCCCAGACCAAAGCAGUGCUGGAGCGGCUGGACAUAAACCUUAAGGCCUACCGUGUGUCAGUGCAGAGCCUGACAGAGAAGGGCCCGUCAGACCGCCUGCGCUGCAGCAUGCUGGUCGGUCGGGACGUUUGUGUGGCGCCCACACAGCUGCGUAUGGAGAGGAUCACCGCCACCUCUGCCAACCUGACCUGGCUGCCCAGCAACAGUAACUAUGUGCACAUUGUGUCCUUGAAUGAGGAGGAGUGUGAGCUGGUGAAGGCUGGCUGCUACUCACUGUGCCUCAAUAACCUCUUGCCCAGCCUGCAGUACACCGUCAAAGUGGAGGCACGGCCGCACCGCACACCUUGGGAGUUACCUGUGGAGCGACGUGAACACAGAAGCACUACAAUCACCUUCAGCACACUGAUGGCAGGUCCACCUGAUGCUCCUCUGGACGUACAGCUCGAGCACGGCCCCUCUCCAGGGAUCGCCCUCAUCAGCUGGCUGCCAGUCACUAUAGAUGCUACCGGGACCUCCAACGGAGUCCGUGUCACUGGAUACACCAUUUAUGCUGAUAAGAAAAAGGUGCUGGAGGUGUCUUCCCCAACAGCAGGCAGUGCCCUGCUGGGGCCCUCUCAGAUCCAGUCCCUGCAGGCAGCACAGGAGCUCACUGUCCGCACCAUGUCUGCCCAUGGGGAGUCCUGUGACUCUUUGCCAGUCAAUGUGCCGUCCAAGCUGGUUGCCAUCAUGGCGGGCCCAGCUAUCACCGCCCCAGCUGUGCCACCCCCUCUGCCCUGUGCCCCUGUAGGUCCCAGCAACCUGCCCUCACCGCAGUCCUACAUGAACUCUGCUGCCAAAGUCUCUGUGCUGCCCAGCACCCUGCCAUCAGACACACACUACACUGGCCUCACAGUGGAGGCUGCUGCCAACUUUCCUACUGCUCUCCACUCAGAAGACCUUCUCUCAUCUGCCUCAUAUGUGAAGGCCUGGGCCAACCCCUCAUCUGCUGCUGCCUUAGCCGUGUGUGAGACCACAUUACCAGUCACCCCCUCCAUCACUCCAGUGGUUAGUGUGACCUCCCCCACAUCCUCAGCACCUCAACUAUCUCCAGUAGCAGUACCAGCAUCUGCACAAGCACCAAUGAUGGCAGCAGCAGCGAUGUUGGAGCAGCGCAGAGACACCGACAGCCCUGGAUCGAUACGUCCUUUCCCAUCCAUCACAGAGUUCAUCGAGGACCCCAGUGCCAAGCUCGGGAUCCCUGAGCGCAUCCCUACCCCACCAAAAGCACCAAUCACAGACCUUCUUAACCCUCAGGACAUAAACGUCCUCCGACCACCCAGCACUUCCCCACUGGAUUCAGAGGUAGAGGAGGAGCAGGAGAAUACCCGCCUGGUGUCUAUCGAAGAGUUCUUGAGACAGGACCAGGAGCCAGUGUACAGCGGGAGGCAGCAGAGUUAUGGCAGAGGGCUUGUGGAACCUCCCAGUGACUACAAUGCAGAUAACAGCCGAUCAGACCUGUCCGACAUCCUGGAGGAGGAGGAGGAGGAUCUGUAUUCUGACCACCUUGGAGAAACACAGGCACGGGGAUAUAUAGUUCGAGCUAACAGGGAGCCCGGCCAAAUCCCUCCAGGUGUGGCGGGUCCAUCGUGGGGGGGCCAGGCUGAGCUCUCCUCUAAACCAGCAUGCUUGCAGGCCAAGCAACUGAAAGGUGGGGUCGAUUCAACAAAGGUCAAAGGAGAGGGUGACAUACGCAUCUUUGUGGCCCUCUUCCCUUAUGAUCCCACCACCAUGUCGCCCAAUCCUGAUGCUGCUGAGGAGGAGCUGCCCUUUACUGAAGGACAGAUCAUCAAAGUUUACGGAGAUAAAGACGCAGACGGGUUCUACCAAGGGGAGUCCGCUGGUCGUUUAGGCUAUGUGCCGUGUAACAUGGUGUCUGAGAUCCAGGUGGAGGACGAGGAGACCCGGCAGCAGCUCCUGCUGCAGGGCUUCCUGUCCACAGCCGCCUCCAUGGAGAAGAUAGGCACUCGCACACAUGCACAGCUUCCACGCCGCCCUGUUCCACCACCGAAACCAAGGCGAUCCAAGAAAGUGGAGUCUGCAGCACUCUGGGAGGAGAGCGUAGACUCCUCCAGCCAAGAUCCCAGCCAGUCGGCUGCUGUUGCUGCAGCUGCAGGGAGCGCAGCCCCAGGAGCUCGCAGGAUGGUCGCCAUCUUUGAUUAUGACCCACGAGAGAGCUCCCCUAACACUGACAUAGAGGCUGAGCUGACCUUCAGUGCAGGAGACGUCAUACAUGUGUUUGGUGACAUGGAUGAAGAUGGCUUCUUCUACGGAGAUUUGAAUGGACUCCGAGGCCUGGUCCCCUCUAACUUCCUGCAGGCUUUACCAGUAGACGCUCCAGCAGAACUUCUCUCUGCUCAGCCUGCAACAGAACCCAAGAAAGAAUCACAGGUUACUGUGACGUCUUCCACAGAAUCACAACAGCCUGGAUGCUCAACAACAGAAGUAUCUUUGCAAGCCCAAACAGGACCUCCACGCCCUGACCCAACGGAGCGCACUGACAUACUCGCCAAACCAGCAGCAUCUGUAGGCCUCACGUCAGACCUGAGCCCUGCUCCUGGUCCAGCUGUUACUCCAGCUGCAGUGGAGGUCCACUGCUCUCCUCCAGCUCCACUUCCAGCAGAGAGCUCAGCAAAGACAGACUGCUCUGCACAAGGCAAGAAGAAGAAAGGCUUUUUCUCUAAAGGCAAGAAGCUAUUCAAAAAGCUGGGAUCCAGUAAGAAAGAAUGAGAGUCAGGUCUCCUGACUCAGGAUUUGCGUCACAUCAAAUGCACUUUUUUCUGUCCUCUCUGUUAGUCUCAGUUGGUAGGCUGUGCGGUUAUUGGCUGUCAGUGUCAGGUCUAAUAACUGAUGCUUUAACUGUCAGUAACUGUACAUUUGCCUUAGAGCACUGCGAGGCCAGCUGUUAGAUAUAGACUACGUUCAAACAGCAACAAACAGCUUGCAGCAUCAGAGCAUGUAGAGGUGCAUGUUGAAGUGUCCAAAUAUAUUCUCCAGAUACUUCCUAAUUAUCUAAGCAUUAGCUUACCGGUGGCUUUAAAGGUUCUAUGUGUAAAGUUCAGAAAACCCUUGUUAUUAAUGACGCAGGUAGAGAACUGCAGUCCACAUCGUGUUGCUCAAGCGCAUGUCACAGAGGCAUGAGACCGAACUUGGUUUACCAGCAUCAUGUUGACAGGAAGUUACUCUAUCUUCACAAGUUCACCAACGGCUGUAGAGGAUAACCCCUUUUUCUUUUUUGUGCUUACUUGGAGUUUGUGUUGGAGUUAUGCUGGGAGCUGCUUGAUUGUUGACGUUAGUGGACUCGAUUAUCAAGCUAAUAUUAGCCUGCACCGUUGGUACUGUAGGGGAACAGAAGAGAGGCUUUGAGGCAACCACCCCAAAACGAGUGUUAGCGUCACAUUGGUCAGAGUUUCACAGAGAAAUGUGUCCCAAGUUGUUUAUUUAAAAAUCAGUGCACGAGCACCUGAGAAAGUCAUGGAAAGUCUUGUUUUUUAAGUUAAGGCAGUUUGCACAUUGGCAGUAAAGAAGCGAUUAAUAUAUGUAAACUGCUUCACAUUCUUACAUAUAGUACCUUUGAUGCUUGAUAUAAAACAAUGGAUCAUAUCUAUUUGAAAUAGUCUGUUAGAAAAUAAUGCUGAACAGCAGCUCCAGACACAGCUAAUUAUUAAACAUCAGCUUUAAUGCUCAUGUACUGGUGCCACUUUACAUUUCUGAAGCAAACAAAUACAAGCUGCAGUCUAUAUGUUCUGUGUGACUAUAAGAAAAUGCACUAUCCAUCCUUUAUGGAUGUAUUCUAAAUAUGUCUGCUAGUUCCUCGUGUGUUUCUCGACUUUAGGAAUAUUUAUACUUUGUACAGAACAUGUUAUUUAUUUGUAGACUCCUGCUCCAUCACGACGUUGCAUGAAGUGACACUGGGGCAGAAGGUUUAGUCAUAGCAAGCUGUCAGAGACGGUGAUGAUCCACUUUCAUACUUUUGUAGUUUGGAUCUAAUUUAUUUGGGGUCAUGACUGUCAAAGAGGAACGAGCUGUUAGAUGUAAAGAAUGUGGAGGCUCGCACUUCUUUAGUGUGUGUCUGUGUGUGUACGUGUGUGUGUGUGUGGGGGUAGAUGAAGCUGCCCAGUCCACAGGUGAUGAGACUGAAAACAGAUGCCUUUCUCAGAAAUGAAUACAGGAACUCUUGAUGUGUUUGACCACAGACAUAAUUGGCUUAAAUGUUGCAUAUUACACAUAUGUGUCAUAUGUUACAUGUAUGUGGGUGUGUGUGAGUGUGAGAGAGAGAGAGAGACCUGCAGUGUUUGUAAAAUGAUCUAGUAUCAGAUGAUGAGUAGCUUUAAGGCCACUAAUUACUAUUAUAAAACCAUAGCCCCCUUUUUUCUUAAUUAAUCACUUAAUUAACCACUUAUCAUUUUUCACUCUGUAAAACAUAAAAAACUGUGAAAAAUACCCGUCACAGUUUCCACCUCGUGGUUUCGUUGUUUCCAAAACCCAAAGAUAUUCACUUCACUAUCAUUUCAUUUGAAUUCCCAAGUUCUCAUAUUUGAGACCAUCAAAUAUUUGACAUUUUCACAUAAAGAAAUUAUUGGUUUUCAAAAAUAAGUCUGACACUACAGUUAGCAGCCUGAUGCUAAACAUACUGUGGUUUGAAUGCAGUAUAAAUCUCUGCAUGUAAAACCAGCUAACACUAACAUGUGUUUUGUGUACAUGUCACACAUACGUGAAUGUGAAGUGAAUAUCGUGGGUCAAACUUCGCCUCUGUUAAACUUCAUGAUAAGCCACGCUGUGAUUUGCUUUGCCUCUGGAAACAAAAGUUUUAUUCGCUCCCUUGCUUGCGCAGACAGGAAGUGAGAAGGAGGUGAAGGUUCACCACUGAUACAGCGGCUCCACUGGACUAUAAAGGACUCUGCAAUAAGUGGUUUCUUUUCUUUGGCCUUCAUGUCAGGAGGAUAAUUGCAGUGUGUGAAUAUUGGAUUAAGGCUAAACAGUGUUUAAACAUCUUCAUCCGCCCAUGCAGUUUAUUUUGUGUUCACAUACCAGCUUCAUAAGACUAUCGACUUAAAGCUUAAAACAACCAUUUUGGCAAUAUAGCUUAGUGUGAUCUGCAGUUCUGGAACAAAGACAGAAGCGCACUGUGUCUGUCGACGCUUUAGAUGCAGAGGUUGUGAUGUGGAUGUGUGGACCAGGUCUUAGUUUUCAGUUACAGCACGUGCAGUGGUUAUUCCCUCUGUCUGAUUGGAUCUCUCUGGAUCUGUGUGGCGGAAUAGCUGUUGGGGUCACAUCUCAGGUUUUUACUCGUGGUUUGUCAGUACGCUGAGCCACCUGUGGACUCUGGCUGUUGAAAAGCUGCACAAUUAUGCCAAACUCUUAGGUGCUUUGCCUGUUAGCGCAGCAUGCAGCAGCGUGGGGGGAGAGGAGCGUGUCGUUGAAGUCCCCCCUCACGGGCAGACAGAGUCACAACAUACUUUUUUCUUUCAUGUCGUGAACGUCUUUAAUUGUUUGUCAGUGUUACAUAAAGGGAGCACGAUGGCGGUGAGAGUAAAUUUGAGGGCAGGUUGACAAAGACACUUUAGGAUGGAACCGAGACUGAGGCUGUACAGUGUUUCUUCUGUUUCAUGUUUUUCUUAAGGGGGAGUGGAUGCUCAAAAGUUGCCGAAAUGUACAGUGAAUAAUUGUACUGAUCUCGUAUUUGACGGCCUUUAAUGCACAAGUAUUCCUCGACCUGCUGUGUAGUGAGUAGGCGGCUCCGCUGGGUAGUAGGACCUCGACCCGUGUAGGUAGCAUUUUAGCUCUGCUGAUCAUAUUUAGCCUUAUGAGACGACCUUGUUUAGUCUUAAUCUGUUGUUUACAGGAUGUUUAACGACUGCAUGCAGAACAAUGUUAUACCCAUGUCUGGCCUUAUUUACGUUCUCGUCACGUUUCUGUUUUUCUAGGCUGACUCGUCUACAAUAUUUCACUUGUAGAUUGCCGCAGUAGUGGGAGAGAAGCUGUAGGAGCUUUGUGUAUAUAAUGAACAGUGUUGGGGCUUGUGCUAUAUUUUCAUGCAGUGCGGGAAACCUUUUUUUCUUUUUUCUUUUUUCAUCUUUCCUGAUCUGCAAUCACUGAAACCAGUGGAAGAUUAACAUUUUUAUAUAUCACUGUUUUUAUUAUCCUUUUGAAAGCUCAUGUGUAAAUAUUUUUGUUAAUAUUGUUUUUUCAGUUGUCGUUUUGUUUUUGCAUGUCCAGGCAGUGUCGCCGGAGAAACAUGAUCUAAAGAUGUAGAACACAGAGGACUUGUUGACUUGAAAAUGUGAUGGUUACUUUCCAUAUGGAUCUUUUUACAGGAAUAAAGUAUGUUUAUUUUCACA